AUGUCCCUGCACACAGCGGGACUAUGUUCGCGCUGCAUCAGAGCCACAUGGAAUCCUCCAGCCAAGCUUCCCGCCAGUGCGCUGCCAUCUCGGUUCCUGUAUUCAUCCACCCCGAAGUCCUCGAGCAGAAAUCGUCUGCCUAGAACUACGCGCCGGUCCAUACAAACGCAGAGAUACCAGUCCUUCGUGCCCCCUUCACCAGAGUCGCUGGGCAAAGCAGCGCCGGCGAAGCAGUAUCGACGUUCGAUCAAAUGGGGUCGGAGGCUGCUAUAUGUCUCUGCAGUCACGGGAGCUUUCUAUCUGGUCGAUACCCAGUUCUACGCGUCCUCGAUAACUCGAUCCUUACGGACAUUUGGCUUGGGCCUUGUUGUCGCCCUGGACUAUAAGCUCAAUUUCAGGCCUCAGCCGCUCCUCGGUGGCGACAUAGCGGAUCUACACAGACGGAAUGCAGAGAGGCUGUUCAAUCUCUUGCAUCAGAAUGGAGGGUUAUACUUGAAGAUUGGGCAGGCAAUAGCGAUGCAGAGUGCGGUGCUCCCUCCGGAAUUUCAGAAGAUGUUCGCCAGAAUGUUUGAUGAUGCUCCACAGAACGAGUGGAGUGACGUUGAGAAGGUGAUCCGGGAAGACUUUGGGGGCCGGAGUCCGGAGGAGGUGUUUGGCGUCAGCUUCAGUAAUGAACCCGGAAAGGGAAUCAUGGAGAAGAGGGCCAGAGCUUCGGCUUCUGUUGCACAGGUUCACUGGGCAAGGCUGGCCGACGGAAGAGAGGUUGCCAUAAAGGUCCAGAAGCGGGAGAUCGCCCGCCAAGUGGGGUGGGAUCUUUGGGCAUUUAAGGUGGUUAUGAAAAUCUAUACCGCCUGGUUCGACCUCCCUCUUUACAGCCUGGUACCGUACAUCAGCGAGCGUCUCAUGUUGGAAACAGACUUCGUCAACGAAGCGAACAAUUCAGAGAAGAUGGCCAAACUUGUAGCUGGAGAACCUCGUCUUCGUGGCAGAGUCUAUAUUCCUACUGUAUAUCGCGAUCUUUCUUCCAAGCGCAUCAUGACCACAGAAUGGAUUGAAGGGGUCCGCCUCUGGGACAAAGAAGCCCUCAGCGCGCCGUGGCUUGGCGGUCGAGGGAAAGGCUCACCAGGUGCGAAAGGUGCACCACUUCCCCCACCUAAGUCUACCCGAGACAACAAUGGCACAGGCUUCCUCAAGCCUGAACGCAAUGAGUGGCGUGGCCGAAGGGGUAGAGGUGGGCUUGGCCUCUCAUUGAAGGAAGUAAUGACGACCAUGAUCGACCUCUUCUCAGCCCAGAUGUUCCUCUGGGGGCUCGUACACUGCGAUCCGCACCCAGGCAAUAUCUUCAUCAGGCGACAACCUAACGGCCAUGCGGAACUGGUCCUGAUCGAUCACGGCCUGUACAUCUCGAUGACACCGAAAUUCAGACAUCAAUACUGCCAAUUCUGGAAAGCGAUGAUGACCUUUGAUAAUGAUACUGUGAGCAAGAUCACUAGUGAGUGGGGAGUCAAGGCCCCAGACCUGUUUGCAAGUGCUACAUUGAUGAGACCGUAUGACGGCGGCGACAGCAGCACGAAGAACAUGAUCACCAACGAACUGAAAGGGAAGACGGCCGCCGAGCGACAUUUCGAGAUGCAGGAGCGUAUGCGCCAGGGCAUCCGGGACAUCCUGUCGGAGGAGGAGAACUUCCCCCGCGAGCUCCUCUUCAUCGGUCGCAACAUGCGCAUCGUCCAGGGGAACAACCAGUUCCUCGGAAGCCCCGUGAACCGCAUCAAGAUGACGGGGAGCUGGGCGAGCCGCAGCCUGGUCGACAGCACGGAUCUGAGCCCCGUCGAGCGACUCGUGAAUGGCUGGCGCCACCUGCUCUUCAAGUUCGUACUGCUCGGCAGCGAUCUGGUCUUCUGGACCAGCAAGAUCCGCCAGUGGUUUGGCUUUGGCGGCGGCAUGGAGGAUGAUAUCGAGAGGCAGAUGCGGUUCAUUGCGAAGGAUCAGUUUGGGUUUGAGUUGCAGCACUCGGUGUUUGAGGGUUAG